ACAGAAAAUAGUGAACUACAGUUCCCUGUAAAAUAUUUCGAUAUUAUCACAAUUUUCCUCGUUUUAAACGAARACAUAUUGUACAGAUGGUUUGUGAAAAGUGUCAAAAGAAACUUGGGAAGGUUAUYUGUCCAGAUCCGUGGAAAAGUGGAGCUACAAACAUUACAGAGGGAGGCGGAAGAAAGCUAAAUGAAAACAAACUAUUAACACAGAAGAAAAACAGAUUUUCGCCAUACUCAGAGUUUAAGAAGUGCAAAAUAUGUAAAGACACUGUACACCAAAAACAUUCACAUUAUUGUCAAGGUUGUGCAUAUAAGAAAGGAAUUUGUGCCAUGUGUGGGAAAAAAGUACUGGACACUUCAAAAUACAGACAAUCAUCAGCAUGAAGGAAAGAAGAAAAUUGUAUUUACUUGUACAUAAGACUGUAACUUUUCAGAAUAUUGAAACUACUAAGACAUGUAUUGAUGAUGAUUUCAUUGAUAUGGGUUUCAUGAUUUAAAGACAAUUUUGACUAAUCAUGAAUUAAAACUAAGUGUACAAUUAUUUCAACAUGAUUGAAAGAUGAUAAGAAAUUAUCCCAUAGAUACUUGA